GAGAAGAAUUGUAUGGCUUGUAGCGAAACGAACACCUUACGUAUCAAAGACAGGCAAAGCUUAUCAAAAGGUAAAUCCCUUUCUACAACGAAAAUAAAACUCAGAAGAAGGGGCCAUUUAUCUUACAAAGAACCAGAAACGUCAAGUUCAUUAGAAUCUGACUACAUUGAAACCAAGAAGAAAGGUAAAUCCAUUUCUACAACGAAAAUAACACUCAGAAAAAGGGGCUGUAUAUCUUACAAAGAAGCAUCAAAAACGUCUAAUUCAUCAGAAUCUGAUUACAUUGAAUACAGUAAAAAAAAA